AUGUCUGAAUUCGUCUGCUUUGUAGUAGAAGGAUAAACUCAUUACAUUGAAGCUAGCAAGUGUUUGAGCAUGACUCUCCAAACUGAGAAAAAAGGGCUUGUGUAUACUGCCACAAUGCCAAAAUGGUUAACGAUGGAAGCUUUCUCAGUUUUCCAAUAGUUCCUCAACAAUUAGCUGGAUAUUCAGCGAAAAUACACUGAUUAAACUCUGCAAAGACUAUUAUGGUUAGGAGAUCAUUUGUAGAUGGAAUUCUUUUAAGAGACCGUCAUUCGCGAUCUCAUUUUGGACAGAGUAAGUGUUUAAAAUUGCAUUUUGUUUUUAAAUGAGGCAUUCAAAAAGUUGAAAGCAUGCGAAGAUUCCCAAGAAGUAUGGUAUCAGAUGUUGAAUGUGUGUAUGAACUUUACAGCAAGAAAUUUACUUUUGAUAUAUUAAUCCAAUCCAAUUGAUCUCAACAAGAUCAACUAGAAAGUCAUUGAAGAGAUAUUAGAAAGAGCAUUAAAACACUAUCGCAAAAAGAACAAUCCUGAACUCCUGUAAAUAGUAUAAAAGAUAAGGAAUUGCCAAGACAUUGUUUAAAUUAUUACUUAAUAAAAACAAACGGUGUUAGCAAAGAAGAUCAAUUAUCAAACUCAUCCUAGUAUUAAUUGGAAGUUAUCGAAUCUAUCAUCCAUAAUCAACAAAGAAACCUAAUAGUUUAAAUUUUCAGAUUUCACAUGGAAAUUAGUGGCCAAGAUGGAAGAUAAAGUCUUGAAAAUUUAUCUUAAAUUGGAAGAUAUUGAUCCUGAAUUGAAUCUGAGAAUCAUCGCGCUUUACUUCUAAUUGUAACUUUCACAAUUCGGCCUAGAACCAUUGAAGUUAGUCAAUUUAGUAGCCAGCAAAGGGAAUAAAAUUCUCUUGUGUGAAUUCAAUGAUCUAAAUAAAUUUGAUUAACAAAAAUUGGAAUUCACUGUAUAUCUUAAUACUGAUCAAGUUUUGACUUUGUGCUUAAAUCAUCUCUAUUACAAUUUGAAUCCUACAUACAAUCUAAGCAAACUUGAUCUGGAUGAUUGUCUGAUUCUGCUAGCUGCUACUCCUUAAGUUUAACAAGCAUAAGAGAAGUCAUUCUAGUUGCUUCUAGAAUUUGUGCCUUAGUUAAAUCCAAAUGAUUAUGAAAGAUGCAUCAACUAACUCAACUUGUCUUUGAUGAAUACUGAGUUCUUAAUGAAAUAUGUCAAGUGUCCCUUAAACCAGUUUAUUCAAUAUGAAUUAGACAAGAGACAACCUUAACAACAGAGAUCGUAUUCUGUUUCUAAGGAUUCAAAGAGCUCUUCAAGAAUCUUGAGAUAAGUGAGUGCAGGAGGAAGCAAGAAUGAUAAAUCAGGAGAUUAAUUAGUAAACCGUAGUUAAAGCAGCGAAAAAUUACAUAAUGAAAUGCCAAUCAAUAAACUAUAAUAAUUAAAGAAAACUCCAAGUCAGCAAAGAUUUGAAUAACAAUAAAUAGUUAAUAGUGGAAUAAGCAAUUAAUCUGCGUUAUAUUCUCGGAAACAAUUAUUUGAUGAGAUCAAUAUAGUUAACUUUUUGAAAGUGAAAGAUCCUUAACUUAUAUAAGAAUUGAAUGAAUUGAUUAGAAUUUAUUAUUGA